CGCGCGGCCUGGCCUAUGGGCGCCGGGCUGCCCGUGAGUGGCUUUUCUGCCUGUCGCUGAAGGAAGGGAGGCCGGUUCAGUCAUGGCGGCGUUUCUGAGGGUUCUGGCUCUGGCUUUCUUGGCCGUGCUGGCCGGCUCCGGCGUCGGAGGGCAGAAGAAGAAGGAGGUGAGUGGGACUGGCUGGAGGAGGGCCGAUGCGAUCGCGAUCCAGGCGGGGAGGAGGAGAAGGAGAGGGGCACACCGAGGUCAUCCAACCGCCCACCUUUCUUACUCUCAGGGCCCAACUUACGGAGGCUCGCCAACAACUGUUUGCUAGGCCCGCAGUUAUCCUAGGAAGAGCUGUGUGUGUGUGUGUGUGUGUGUGUGUGUGUGUGACGGACUACAGGGUUGCCGAGCAUGUGCAGAGUGCCGCCCCCCCCGCGCCUCAAGCACUUUGCAUCGCUUAAUCGCCGCUCGUCUCUCCCACUGCAGUCCUGUGGGAGUCUUCGCCCCCCUCAGGCUGCUGCUGUUAAGUUGCCGCCGCAGAGAGUUCCUUGGUGGAGAGAUGGAUUCAUAACAAGUGAUGACGAUGAUGAAGAUUAUAAUGAAUGAAAAAGUUGUUGGCUGCGCCUUCAGCUGCUGCCAGUUACACUGCAGUAGCAUACGUUUCGCCUAAUUUAUGCACGACCAGGCUGCAGCUAUAGGCGCAAGCGAAUUAGUGCCGCCAGAUUUUAGCAAGAGAUACCUAGAAGAGGGCAUGUUUUCUUGUCACGUAGGGUAAACGACGGGCGCUGCCUGCGCUGAGGAGGAGGAUCCGACGGUUAUGACUCUUAGUCAGGCAGUGAAUGGCAGGCGAUGAGGGAGAGAACUGAGAAUGGGGCAGCAUCUAAGGGUGCCUUGGCAUGUCUAUGCAGACCGUAUGUUGUGUGGCCAAGUUCAUGGAAUCAAAGGCUUGUUGCUGGUUGCAUUAUCUGAAUGCUGUGAACAGGCCUAGUGUACUCCAUAUAAUCUGGACAUCUUCCGUGGCCUCUGACCACGGGCUGAUGGGAGUUGUAGUCUGCCAACAUCUGUAGGACACGAAGUUGCAAGCAGCACUGAGGAAGUGAAUAUUCACCUUGAUUUAUCAAUGGUAGUUGCUGUAAAGAAAUGGUACUGGGAAGGAGAUGAAAUGAUAACAUACUGGAAAGGCUAAAGAGAAGACAUCAGUAUUCCAUUCUCAGUCUCCCAACACGGCUUAGGAGCUGGGUCUGAUUCUGGGAUCAUGCAGCUAAUACAUAUCAUUUAAAUGUCAUGCAUGGUUGUUCAGAUUAAGCUGUGGCAGCUUAGACUCCUAGUAGAAGACUUGUUUAACAGAAACUGUUUUCUUCCUUCCAAUUUUAUAUUUUAGAUGGUUCUUUCAGAAAAAGUGAACCAGCUGAUGGAAUGGGCUAGCAAACGGUCGGUAAUUCGACUGAACGGUGAUAAAUUUCGUCGUCUUAUAAAGGCACCACCAAGAAACUACUCUGUGAUUGUUAUGUUCACUGCGCUUCAGCCUCACAGACAAUGUGUUGUGUGCAAGUAUGGAUUUAAAUUACUUGAAAAUUCAUUAUUACAGAAAACCUUGUAUGCUUUUUUGUGUCACAGUAUUUCUUCUUUGUUUUAUCUUUUUUACUUCAAACUUAUUCUGUUGUACUCAAGGGAAAAGCACCAUGCUAGCAUUCAAAAAAUCAGGUGACCAAAAGAUUGUUAAAGUAGCAAUUAAUCAUUGUGAUAUUUUGAAAAUAAUUCUUUUAGAAAUGAUAUAAAGUCAUACACAGGGAGUUGCUUUUUAAGUUAAAAGUACUAUACCUGCUUCUUAUGAAGAGAAUUUGACAGAAAGAACGUCUCUUCAAACAAUUCAUGUAGGUAUUGUGCUUGCUAAACCUUAUUCAAGCACCUGAUUCACAGACCAUCAUCUUUAAUUGACUUAGCAUUUGGCAUCAGAGACUUAAAUUCUACCUGCGCACAUCUGAAGUGCCAACCGUAACUGGUUUAGCAUUUACAGUGGUGCCUCGCAAGACGAAAUUAAUUCGUUCCGCGAGUUUUGUCGUCUUGCGAUUUUUUUCGUCUUGCGAAGCACGGUGUCGGGAAAGUUUUGGAAAAGCUUCAAAAAUCACCAAAGUCUUUAAAAACCUCAAAAAAGGCUACCACCCCGUGUUUUGUGAGUUGCUCCUCGAAGUCAAGUCGCAACUGUAUUAACAGUGUUAAGAAAAAGGAAACAAACUUGCAAGACGUUUCCGUCUUGCUAAGCAAGCCCAUAGGGAAAAUCGUCUUGCGAAGCAGCUCAAAAAACAAAAAACCCUUUCGUCUAGCGAGUUUUUUGUCUUGCGAGGCAUUCGUCUUGCGAGGUACCACUGUAGCAUUAAAGAUUUAAAUUCUUCUUACUCACACCUGGAGUGCCAUCUGUUCUCAAAUUAUAAAAAUAUUCUCAAAGAAAUGCUCAUUGACAUGAGGGAUCCAGCUAAAGACAUUAUUUAUUGAUACUACAUUAACUGAGACUGAGGGGUGUGGGUCUUUGAAUCCUACUAUAUAAAAGGCUUUCUCCAAAGAAAGCAAAAUUGCAACUUUGUGGGAACGCCAGGAAGUAUAUGCAUCCCUGUCAGUUCAGAUGCUGUUCUUUUGUAGUGGUGACUUGUGGCUGUAUGAUCAUUGCUGCUGUUCAGGUUUCUUCUUACAGCUACUGUGAAAGUGUGGGCUUACAUUCUUGAAACUUCUGAUGGGCUAAAUGCUUUUAAAUCUUGACAUGGUUAGAUGCUUGAACAGCACUUUCUUACAUUUUUGUAGGCAAGCUGAUGAAGAAUAUCAGAUUCUGGCAAACUCAUGGCGGUACUCAAGUGCAUUCACAAACAGGAUCUUUUUUGCCAUGGUUGAUUUCGAUGAAGGCUCUGAUGUAUUUCAAAUGGUAAUGUGCUUCUUGCGUAGUUAUACUUGUGGAGUAGGAUUAAGAAAAAGAUGUGCGUUACUGUUUUGUUUCUAAAAACAGUUUAUACUUACUGGGGCAUCAGUAACAUAAACAUACUUAAUAUUACUCUAAUAUUUAGGAUUGCACAUUAAGUAAUAACUUGCUUCUUCAGAGCAUUUCAAACUAAGUGGAGUGGGAGGGAAGAAAUAAGCUUUUCUGGUAACCUGUAGUACAACUACUGGUAUUUAUGUGAGACAGUGGAGUUUGCAACAUAGACCUAUGUGUCUUGGUUCACAAGUUAUGUCUGGAUAACUUCAGAAUCUGAGCUCCAUUUCAGAGCAUGGAUUUUAGGUAGCAGCUCAACAGACAAUUUGAGUGACAGUACAUUUCUUUGUGUUUCUUAAAAAAUACAGCUCAACAUGAACUCUGCUCCAACCUUCAUUAAUUUCCCACCAAAAGGGAAACCGAAAAAAGGUGACACAUACGAACUGCAAGUACGAGGUUUUGCUGCUGAACAGCUAGCCCGUUGGGUUGCUGAUAGAACUGAUGUCAAUGUAAGUAAAGGCCAGAAUUCAACUUCUAUGCAGUGUUUUGCUUCUAACUGUAAUAUAAAGAAAUAUAUUAUUGUUCUGUUGCCUCAAAUAGCAGGACUGCCACACGAAGAGAACAAGUUCAUGAGCACUUGUCCAUCUUUUCCACCAUAUGCAUACACUCAAUACAAUUAUUUCUUUUAAACCAGUACAGUUUACUUAGUCUUAUUUUGGUGCUCUAUGAAAUCAUGUUUUCCAUGGUGGAUGGAGAAAGGGUCGGUGGGUUGAACUGUUAGAUAUUUUUAUGGAGAGGCAAUUUUGUUGUUUUCUGUGUUUCCCAGUUGUCAUGAGCAUCCUGGUAAAACUGCUAGUGAUUGGAGUGUCUUUUUAAACACACUUCUGGUAUAUUGUCAUGUCACUUUUCAAAUUAUUUUCAGGGCAUUCUAAAAUCCAGCAACAACCCUUUGCUAUGGUUUUUGUAUUAUUCUUGCAGCUUAAUCCUAUCCUUAAUCUUAUAUUAUCUGGGAGUAAGGCCACUGUGUUCGGUGGGAAUUGUUUCCAUAUAAGUGUGCAUGUAAUAAAUGCAGCUUUAAAUUGUUUAAAGGUUCUUAUUAGAGAUCUGUGGGCAUCUGCACCAUUUACCUGUAAGGUAAGAUUGACUGCAACUUGGAGCAGGAGUACCUCAGUGGUACAUCUCAGUUUGAAAUGCUCACUUCAUUGUGGUCUAAUACUCCGUGCUAUUUCUGAGGUUUUGUACACAAGAUGAAACAUUUUCUUUUUAAAGCAGAUGUUUUUGUAAUGUGCUUCCUGGCUAUAGUUUAAUUGUAACCUACAGUGGUGCCCCGCAAGACGAAUGCCUCGCAAGACGGAAAACUCGCUAGACGAAAGAGUUUUCCGUUUUGGAGGUGCUUCGCAAAACGAAGCUCCUAUGGGCUUGCUUCGCAAGACGAAAAUGUCUUGCAAGUUCCUGCGGUUUUUUCCCCCUCCCCCCCCUUUUUCUAAGCCGUUAAGCCGCUUAUCUGCUUAUCCGAUAAGCUGAUAAGCCGCUAAAAGCCGCUAAUAGCGCUAAUCCGCUAAUCCGUCAAUGGGCUUGCUUCGCAAGACGAAAAAACCGCUAGACGAAGAGACUCACAGAACGGAUUCUUUUCGUCUUGCGAGGCACCACUGUACUUUGAGGUAGCUUAUGAGAACAACAGAGUGUAAUGUAAUUAAAAUAUUGAAAUUAUUUGUAUACUUCAGUGUUACUUCUCAAAAGCAAUUUUCCGUAUGGAACACUUUAGAUUUUUUUUUAGAAGUUGAAGUAGCUUUGCUGCAUUCUCAAAAACUUACCUAUCCCUCUAGUAGUAAAACUGUUCAGGAAUUAUUGGUGCCUAUAUAUUUUUGUACAGAAUUCUUCCAGUUUGCUUUAAUGUGCAAACUGUUUUUGACUUUCAUAGAUCCGUGUGAUAAGGCCUCCAAACUAUGCUGGGCCCUUGAUGUUGGGGCUGCUCCUCGCUGUUAUCGGUGGCCUUGUGUACUUAAGAAGAAGCAACCUGGAUUUUCUGUAUAACAAGACAGGCUGGGCUUUUGCUGCUUUGGUAAGCAAAUUAUGUUGUAACCACUUUGUUUCCUCUUUUCUCCUCAGGAUCCCUCUCCCAACCUUCCUCAUCACUUGGCCUAUUCUUUGCAUGCAUCUACUGUGAUCUGGCUGUAUUGUUUUUCAGUUUAAAAAACAGAUUGUCAUUCUGGUUUUUAGUAACAGUUUCUUUUCCACUGAUUCAGAUGGAAGGGCUGCUGUAUCUUGUCCCCCAUUCCUGUCAGCAUCGCCCUUGAGCCAGUGCCACCAACUGGACUCAUCCACUUCAGCCCCGACUGGGCUAGGCGAGCUGGGUAGCACUUCCAGAGACCACCUUCUGCACAGGAACAGGUCAAAGUGCUGUGGACUCACAGCUUAGAGUUGUGAGCACCGAAUUCACUCCAAGAAGAAGACAGUCGUCGCACAGCAGAGUAUAGCAUAGCAUAAACGACUCGGAGAGCAGCUCUGUAGAAUAUCUUCUUUAUUCUAUCUACAACUAUAAUACACAACUAUAUACAGAGCUAAAUGAGGUCUAAACGAAAAAUGCUGAACUGCACUGAGUGUCUGCAGCUGCUCUUAGCAGCAACCUUAUCUAUACACACGAUCUCUAACACUCAAUCUCUCUCUCUCUUUGAUGUGAGGCUGGAGCGAAAUAAGUAGAGAGCAGAAAACCACCCCUCCUCUCUGGAGAAUCAGCAGAUUCUUGGAUAUGGGAGGGGUGAAAUCUACUCAGUUCCAGGGGAGUAUUAGCAAACAGGAUGGCUUUGGAUCCUGAAGAUCCACUGCCAUUUCUAGAAAAUCCCUUCUUGUUCUCUCCAGCGUCAGAGUUCUGAUAUCAGAGUGAUAAUGGCUGUGGACCUUUCUGCAGCUUCAUAGAGCAGGUAUAUGAGGUCAGAUCUUCUUGUCUGAGGUUGAACCUCUCUAUCCUUUGAGAGGGAAAUCAGGAGAAUACUAUUCUUCCCCCACUCCCACCCCUAAGAUUGUGGCAAAAGGUUUUUUGUUUGCUUGUUUGUAAAUUGUUGUGAGUUUACAUUUUAAAGGAAAUAAAAUAGCUUCAUUCCCUUAGUGGGAGCUCUUUUAUUUGAGGAAAGAUGCAGUUGUGAAAUUACUGUUUUCUGUUGGAUUAAAAAAAGGGUUUUAAUUGCUUUGCUUGGGGCAUGUUCAGUAUUGGCAGCCACUUGUGGACAGGAUGCUCUUGGCUAUGUCACAUGAUUGUGUAAUAUGCAAUCAUGAUGUGGGCAUAAAUGAAAUAUGAACUCAUUUUGAGGAUUCAACUAGGGCACAGGCUCAGAAUAUAUCUGAAAUUUAAAGCUUUGGGGAAACAGUGGAAACAAAUUAAUGACCAGUAUUGUUUGAGGUCACUUAAAAGGUGAGCAGUGUUUGAAUCAGGGAUGUCUUUCUUGGUGCUUACAAGUUUACUGAUUUCUCAACGUGUUGUUUCCAGUGUUUCGUUCUGGCAAUGACAUCAGGGCAAAUGUGGAAUCACAUCAGAGGGCCACCAUAUGCUCAUAAGAAUCCCCAUACAGGUCAAGUGGUAAGUGAUCAUUUAAAAAACAAACAAACAUCAAAACUCCAGUAUAACUUUUUAAAUAUGUUAACAUGUCUUUCAGCAUAUACUCCCCUUCCAAGUUCAUUUGUAAAACUCUAAAACACAUGAAAAUACAACCCCCAUCCCAUAAAAGCAGCAGCUACUAAGUAUUUUUUCAUGUGUCAAAGUGUCAAACAACUCAACCACAGACUUCAAUUAAUGUUUCUCAAGAGGCUUUCUAAGGACCAGCAGAGUGUCUCUCUGGUUCCAAAGAGUUCCAGAGAUUCCCACCCUGGGAGAAAGCACUAUUCCUUGCACUCACACAAUUUAAUAGCUCUUGGUUGAUGGACCAGAGAGCAGGGCUCCUGCUUGGGCAGGCUCAUACAGGUAUAGGUGGUCCUUUAGACAACAUAGUCUCCAACGAUUUAGGGUUCUAAAGGCCACAACCAGCUCUGAAUUGAGUCCAGAAGCAGAGGGGUUGUCAGUGUAACUGAUACAGGAUAGGUGUAUUCAGAACAGGAGGUACAGAAUAUGUAACAGAUACAGAACAGGAGCAUUCAGAAUAGGUAAUACAUUUUUUACUGAAGUGUGUAGAUUAUUGUAGCUAGUAUACAUUUCUCUCCUCCUGAAUCUUUUUUGGCCACACUCUGCCUGUUAAAGAGGUCCCUGAUUAGGCAUAUUCCUUCCUUCAAUUUAUUGUUAAAGGUUCUGUCUUUCAUACCUGUAGCCCUCUUAAAUGUGAAACUGAGAGUUGCUAGGCUGUGCUAACAGUGAAAAUAUUGUGGUUAUUUUAAGCAACACUUCAUUGCUUUCGGAUUCUCACAAACUGUUGGUCACAGUAAUGCUUCUAAAUCUCGCAUUUUCAGUUUUAAAAAUAUAUACGUUUUUGCCUCCUAUUUACUUUCACUACAUACUGUUCAAUUCAAAAUUUAUGUAUCCUGUAUUUGUUUGUAUUCAACUUGGUUUUGCUCAGAGUUGACCCACUGAAAUUAAGGAACGUGAUUAAAUUAUGCCCAUUAAUUUCAAUGAGUAAGACUGAGUUCAGUGCCACCCCAUGUUUAGUAAACGUGCAGAAGCACAUUGAACUGAGUUUUCUGUUUGAAAACUUGCAAAGGUUUAACAUGGGGACCUUCUUUAUAAGUCUACUUUAAACCUUGAUCAGGAGAGUUCUGUGGUUAUUUUGGCACAUGGCUGGCAAUCAGAGCUCCUGCAUGAAGCAGGAUUGCCCUCUGUCUCCCCUGCUUUUUGUGCUGGCCCAGAUGUUUAGCAAGUUGCUGCGAGUUUUAAUCUGCCACCACAUCUCUACUUAUUUAGAUUCAUACCAAGAAUGAUUGAAGACUGGAAAUUUUUUAAAUUGGCAAAACAUGAUUCUAACAUUUAUACAUAUAUACAAUGAAAGCCUUGUUUGCCACACAGAGUAUUAUUUCAAUUGACUUCACAAGGGGGUGAGACAGUACGUAAUAUUGGAUGGUGUUACACCAUGUGACCUCUGCACGGUGAUAUCAUGGACUGGCUGGCUGAAGGGGAGUGGUGGGUGGCACCAGCCAGGGAACCCCCAAUGGGAACCUUAGAGCAGGAAGGCUCAGAGCCAGGGGAUUGGUGGUGGGAUGCUGAGGAGAGGUCAGGGGGAGAGGCUUGGAAGGAAGGGCUGGAUGUUGAAGGUGCAACAGGGUUUAGCGAGUAGGAAGUGUUGGUGACAGGGAGCAGUUCAGACUCCGAGGCUGAAGCAGAGGAGGGGAGUCAAGAGGCUGCUGAAGAAUCCAGGGACCCUCCCUCUCCUGCUGCAACAAGCUCCCCUCCUUCUUGGUCUCCAAGAAUAUGCAGAAUAAUGAGGAGGCCAGAACAGAGACCAGAGGCACGCUUGGGAAAUAUCUGGGAGAGGAGGAGCCUCAGAAAGGGCGCAAGGCAGGGAUCUUCAGUCCUGGCAACUGCUCCAUAGCGCUGAUACCUGCUGGGAAAUGUUGCUGAGCUGUAUAAAGUUUAAUUGACUAACUCUUUACUAACUUCACUAACAAUGAAGCCUUGCGUCUUUCGUACUGACUUGCAUCUGCCUCUGGCCCUGACAAGUAUGAAGUAUGAUCAUAUCUUGUUAUGUUCCAGGGACAGAACAAAAACAUAUAUGUCCGAACACCCCUGGAACCACCCCUGCAUGAGCAAUUUUACCUCCCAGAGCUGGUGCGGUGAACAGGUCUUACCCCCACAAACAAGGCAGAGAGCUUUUAUGCUCUCCUACUUGCAUAUUGGGCUCUGGGAGGCUCUCUUGUUGCUUCUGGGAGGCUCUCACAAGAUCUGAGUUCCCACAAGAUCUUGUGAGAGCCUCCCAGAGCUUGGUAAGCAAGGUGCAGAGCUUAAAAGCUAUUUGUGUGCCAGGAAAACCCAGAACAAAAGGAGCUUUUAAGCUCUCCAACUUGCAUGCAAUUAAUUUGCAGGCUUUCAACUUGCCAGCUUUCAGCUACAGAGGUUGAAAUUGUGCUAGUUAAUUGUGUGCAAGAUGUGAUCAUACGGUAUUACUAGUAAUCCAGGGAUUGGACCAGCUGCGUGGAUACAAAUCAAAUGUAUUGCAAAUUGUAGUUCCUAUAGGGAAAAUCCAGUUUUGUAAAAAUGCUUAUUCAGACAUAAAAAAAUCCGUUUUUGGCAUCUUAUUUUUGGAUUUGGAGGUGGUGGUAUGCCAAACAAGUACCCUCCAAUUUUCUCACUGGUGUUUCAUCUGGUUAGAGAAAAAGCCCAAGGAACUUCUAUAAUCUUUGGUUUAUUCUUAUUUCUUAGGUCAACAAAGGAACAUGGAUAUAGGCCUCUGAAAACACAUGGAAAGGCAUUUUAAUAUAAUUAGACAGGGACCAAUCGACCCAUAUGCUCAUUUUCAAUGGGUAUCAUUGGGGCACUUUGUAUGGUAGGGGGAAGAGGUAUAAUUUUAUUUUAAGUUAAUUUCUUAUUUAUGCAAAACCGAUAAACUUUUUUUAAAAAAACAACUUCAGAAGCCAAACACUGAUAGUAAAUUCAUCUGAAUACACUUAAAUGGAAGUUGCACACUUCUUAAAGGAGGAUAAGGAGUGUGUGUUAGAAAGACCAGUAACCUUUUUAGUUGGGUCCUGUUGCUCCUUUGCAUAUCUUAUACUUAGGGAGAAAGUGAAACUGCAUUCCUUGGAAGCAAAUCUUUUAUGCAGUUUUGUUAGUUGUCGUCUUUAAAGUGCAUAUAUGCAUUUCAUAAACCAACUGGAUAGAUUUCCCUUUUGCUGGGAGGUAUGGUAUUUUGGGUUAUGGCUCCAACCUCUGGUCAAGGCACGUGCAAACACUUUGGAAAAAGGCUAUAACAACCAUGAUGCUCCAGUAAGCAGUGGUUCCCAGGGGGUCUGUGGCACCAUUCACAUAACAAAAAGCACUAUAGAGAGAGCAAAAUUUCCAGAAGUAGGGGUCCAUGGCUUGGCUUUUGAAACAAAAGGGGUCCACAGAACUUAAAAAAUUGGGAACCGCUAGUUCGCUCCUCUCUUGGUCAGAUUAGGUACAAUUGAUUCUCUCCGACUCUCUCUUUGGCUCUUGGGUAGAUGGAAUUGCUGAAAGAGUGCUCUUCCUUGCUUUUUGAGACUGUUAUAGGUGACAGUAACAAUGCAGUCUCUAGUCUAGGAGGACUGGGCUAUUGCCUUUGUAGGUUAAAGCCAGCAUUUUAAAUGUAGAAAGCAAUCGCUGUUACACAUCCUGAAAUAUUGUUGUAGUUCCUGGCAAGAGAUGGACCAUCACAUGGAGCAUUAGCUGACCUGAGAAGGCAGGUACCACAGUAAUAUGCUCUAGGAAUAUCUACUGAUUGGAACAGUUUUGCAGUCAGCAGAAUCCCUUUUAAGUAAGUCUGGAGACUGAGUGAACCUGGCUUUUCAUCCCCAUGUAGAUCUGUGUGUGAGCAUGUGCAAAUUUAGAUCAGGAAUCUUAUAAUCAAAUAUGAAAUAAUCAAAACUGCAUAUUUUUUUUAACCCUUUUCUUGCAGAGCUAUAUCCAUGGGAGCAGUCAAGCUCAAUUUGUUGCUGAAACACACAUUGUUCUGUUGUUUAGUAUCCUUCUUAACAACAAAUACUUAAGCGUGAAAACCUUUUGACCAGAUCUAGCCAAAGUUUCCUGGGGCUUGCAUCAGUGACUUUGCAACCUUCUAAAGAAAUCAUUGAUCAGAUCAAGCAAGUAGUUGCUGAAUUCUGAUGCCAGUCAGGUGUGGUUAUCUGAAUGGAAAACCAUUGUAACUGCUAGAUUUUCAUAUAGGUGGUAGCCAACUAUGUUAAGAGUAGACUCAGUGAAAUGAAUACUGUAGAUCUAAAUGUGUGUCCAUUAUUUUCAGUGGCUCCUCUCUCAGUAGGACUGCUGUUAUUUUUAAGGACAGACAUGAUUAGGAUGUUUGUACUUUUACCUCUUGUUAUAAACAUUCCUGGGGGUUAUCUAUAUAAGUUUAAGCUUUUAAUUGUAACUUCAAAGCGGCACAGAGUGUGCAUUUCCCUCUCUAUGCUUCUUGGGUUUGUUUCUGUUAGUACAAACUGAAAAUGGCAUUGCUUGUGAAGUGGGUUGUAAUCCAUGAAAGCUUUUGACUCAAUAAGUUUGUCUUUAUAAACUGCUUUGAAUUCUUUGAUUUGGUUAACAUUGUGUAACUUAUGCUGCCCGCCCCAUCCCUAAUUCAGUGAUUUCCCCCUCCAGCUCCCCUCACUACUGUCUCUUGCUUCCAAUUGUGCAUAAAAGAUAACAAGUCAGGUGGGGUGGGCAGGAAUCUAGCAAGGUUUUGAGAAUGCAUAGACCUAAAACGUAAUGACUCUUACCCUUCCUCCUUUUUUCUGUAGUUCAACCCAGAAUGCUAGGGCAAGGUUGCUGAGUUCAAAAUUGGCUCAGUCUUGCAAACUCUGCAACUACAGCAAAAGUUAGGAUUUUUCUAAAUGCAUAGCAUUAAGAAACUGGAUAGGAAUGUGCCAUACUGUUGUUCAGCCUGUUGAAGUGGUUUAGCCUUAAACAGCUUUCUCAGAUGCUGGUGUUACUCUUGGGAUGGUGCUCCUGCAUGAAGCUGCAACUUCUGACCUGGAGGUAGUGAAGAGAAAAAGUAAGUACCAGAUUUCGCUUCACCUGGCAGGGAUGGUAGUGUUGGGUUGCAGCGCCAUCUUCUGGUCAAUCCUGACACCACAGCAUUCUCCUUCCUUCCUUCCUUCCUUCCUUCCUUCCUUCCUUCCUUCCUGUGCCUGGAAUGCAGUGUGCUUGCAUUUUUAAACAGGGAAUGCCAGGAUGGAAAAAGCAGGUGUGUGUGUGUCCGUAAAAAAUAUUUUGGUGCUUGGGAAAACUUUCCUCUGGCAGUUGUGUUGUCAGUAAGAAUAGGUUUGUUACUUAUUGCUGGUUUUCUAAGUUGUAUGGCCUCUUUUGCUCCUUUUGAGAGUUUUCUCACAAAUUAAUUCAGUUGGAACUGCAGUUAGACAAUCUACGUGUGUGGCGCUGUGGUCUAAACCACUGAGCCUAGGGCUUGCCGAUCAGAAGGUUGGCGGUUCGAAUCCCCGCAACGGGGUGAGCUCCCGUUGUUCGGUCCCAGCUCCUGCCCACCUAGCAGUUCAAAAGCACGUAAAAGUGCAAGUAGAUAAAUAGGUACUGCUCCAGUGGGAAGGUAAAUGGCAUUUCUGUGAGCUGCUCUGGUUCGCCAGAAGUGGCUUAGUCAUGCUGGUCACAUGACCUGGAAGCUGUCUUCGGACAAAUGCCGUCUCCCUCGGCCUAUAGAGUGAGAUGAGCGUGCAACCCCAGAGUCGUCCGCGACUGGACCCUAACAGUCAGGGGUACCUUUACCUUUAAGCAUUCUUUAAAUUUCAGUUUCAUGAUUGAUUAUUUUCAUGCUGUUUCGGCAAGCUGACUUCAUUUUGUGAUUUAUUUUCUGCAGUAAUGUGUAUGGCUGGCAUCGGUUUGGUGGUCUUUUUCUUCAGUUGGCUGCUGUCAAUAUUUAGAUCUAAGUACCAUGGUUAUCCAUACAGGUAUGUAUUUUUUGCUAUUUAAAAUCCCUUUAUCCCAAUAAAUAGCUUUUUAAUAGUAUUUUGACAUCGAGCUUCCCUGAAAAAAAAAUUGCAUAGUUUGUUUGUUUGGAUAGUUCCAAACUAUUAAUAAUACUUAAACAGAGAACACGGAACAUGGUGUCACUUUUUUCCUUAAUGAUGUUUUAUGAAGUAACACUAAUGUCUCAACAAAUGAAACUGAUCUGUAGAAAAUGUAACUUGAAAAAAGAGACAUUGCGCAUACUUUAGUAAACCAAGAAAUCUUUAAUAAAAAAAUACAUUUAAAUAAAUAAAUUGAUGUUUUAUGAAGAAUAUGAAUUAGACUGCUUUUUUUAAAAACAAGCAAGUUAGAAGAUAAAUAAACCAGAUCAAGGGAAGCAAGCAUGGCCAUUCAGAAUGCACAAUGCAGUACAUCACAGGGUUAAAACCACAGGGGGGAAUCUUUAUUUUAUAACCAGACAAGACUACCUUUUCUGUUUUGUGAUUAAAGAAAAAACAUACUUUGUAACUUGGGAAGUAUUUGGACAAGUCUCUAAAAUAUGCUAGGCCUACAUGCGGUAUACAAAUGGCAUGCACAGGUUCCUGCCUGCAGAGAGAUUGUCUAAGUGGGACUUGGAGGGAGAGGACCCUGAGCUAAGAAAUCAUCAGCUGCUGUUCUGUUGGCAUGUUUUCUGUCACACUUCCCAAAUGAUGCCAACUAAAAUUUAAAUGCAGCAUAUUCUGAUGCCAAGUACCGUAUUUUUCGCCCUAUAGGACGCACUUUUCCCCCUCCAAAAAUGAAGGGGAAAUGUGGGUGCGUCCUAUGGGGCGAAUACAGGCUUUCCAAGCCGCGCCAGCCUCCGGAGGGUCGCGCAGAGCUGCCUGCCCUCCCGGGCUCCGUGCAGCUCUGCGCAUCGCUCCGGAGCCCGGCGCCAAGCCGCGCUGGCCUCCGUAGGGUCGCGCAGAGCUGCCUGCCCUCCCGGGCUCCGUGCAGCUCUGUGCAUCCCUCCGGAGCCUGGCGCCAAGCCGCACCGGCCUCUGGAGGCUCACGGAGGGCAGGCAGCUCUGCGCGACCCUCCUGCGCCGGGCUCCGGAGGGUUGCACAGAGCUGCCUGCAUUUGGAAGCCUCAGCGCGCCCGGGCUUCGCACAGCUGUCCGCAAGCCUGGGGAGACCGGCGCGGCUCCCUAUUCUUGUGGAUAGCAGGCUCUUCUGGGGGCUGGGGUCAGGGGAAGCUCGGGCUUCCCCCGCGCCAGCCCCGUGCCUGGGGGGGGAAUAUUUUUUUUUCUUUAUUUCCCCGCCCCCCCCCCAAAAACUAGGUGCGUCCUAUAGGGCGGUGCGUCCUAUGGGGCGAAAAAUACGGUACAUUUUACAUUUCUCUAAAAUCAGUGGGUGUUCAAUUUGAGUCUUUAGGAUUUGUGAGCAAUAAUUGCUUAUUUUGAUUUGGUAACCUAAAAAGUGUGUGUUCUCUCUCUCUCUCUCUCUUAGCUUCCUAAUGAGCUAAAGAAUGUUGCAUCUCUGCUGUUUUCCUGAAGCGUGAAAUAUGUGGACCAUGCUACCUCCAUUUGAAAUGAAUAGGAAUGAAACAGUUGCACACCAAACCAAAGAUGUCAAGUGCCUUGACAAUUUGCCCUAAAAGUCAUGGGGAGUACAGUAGUACCUCGGGUUAAGUACUUAAUUCGUUCCGGAGGUCUGUUCUUAACCUGAAACUGUUCUUAACCUGAAGCACCACUUUAGCUAAUGGGGCCUCCUGCUGCUGCCGCGCUGCUGGAGCACGAUUUCUGUUCUCAGCCUGAAGCAAAGUUCUUAACCCGAGGUAUUAUUUCUGGGUUAGCGGAGUCUGUAACCUGAAGCGUAUAUAACCCAAGGUACCACUGUAUUAAGAUACAUGCUCUUUUCGCCAUUUAAUUUAGGUCUAGUAUAAUUUUGCAUCUGGGUUCCUUGUUUCUGAUUAGUUUAAAAGAAAACUAAAUUUUAAUUCUCAGGCGACAGUCCAAAGACCCUCUUUUAGGCAGAUGUUAGUGCCUCUGUGUUAUGCAUAGAGACACCCUGAUAAUCACAGUUAUCACCACUUGUAGCUUCAUGAACUACUGGACUUAUUCAUAGUUCACCUGCGUUACAGGGUGGCUUUUAGCAGGGCAGGAGUGGGGCACAGGGAGGGCUGCUUUGACAAGGGAGGUGCCCCAAAACAGUACAGUGUGUAUGUGCAGCUUUCCAUGCAGCCCUUUGGGCUGUGGCUUUAAGUGUUAUACACACUGCAUUGUAUUUCUGGCACCUACAAGGACUUUACAUUUUGCCCAUAUUUUUCUCCCCCUAUUGCAAAGGACUCACUGCAGAUGCAUUCAGUAAGUCCCUCUUUGUAAGAUGUUCAGCUUCCAGGUGAUCUGAUUCUGUGUUGGGCAAAAGAUUCCUGCAUUGCAGGGGGUUGGACUAGAUGAUUGUCAUGGUCCCUUCCAAUUCUAUGAUUCUAUGAUGACAUUUUUAACCUCGGUUUCUGUGCAGCAUGUUCCAAUGCAGAGCCAACUGGCAAGAGAAGUUGACUCCUUUUUUUUUUUAAAAAGUACAUGACUUGAAAGUGACUUCCAUAAGCCUUUCUCUCUCUCUCAAACCCUGGGAGUAUCUUUCAGUAAUACUGCUGUCAUAAUUAUGAGGGGGGGCCCUGGUUGCAUUCAUUCGCUUUGUAAUCUACACUAGAACUCCUUCAGUACAGUGCAUUGUCCUCUUACUCCAUGCACAGUGCAAAUGCUCAUGACUACCAGAAAGUGUUUUCUGAUGUUGAAACUGUCAUGUGGCCUUGUAGCCCCAGCAGACCUUUGUUCAAUAAAGAAGCAUCCUCAACAAUGUGUGUUAAAAGGUGCACAGCCCGUAUCUGAUUCUCUGUGCAGAGCAGCCUGCUGUAUACACAUUCACCAGCCAGACAAAGUCAGUGUGGUCAGCCUUGAUAGUAUCAAUUCGCUAUUGUGUUAGUCUCCCAAACAAGUGAAUGGCAUUGUUAAAGCUACUGUAUUCAUAUUGCCAACUUGCUAUGGGCUGAAAAUAAGGCCCUGUUCCAGUAUGUUAAUGACAUGCCUACUGUUCUAGGUGCUGCCUCUGUGUGUGUGUGUGUGUGUGUGGUUUGUCGUGCACAGAACUCUUCAGUGCAUUUGAUACUUGGCUCACAGAGCAGUUUUCACAUGGAAGCCUGUCUCUAGGAGUUGAUUUCCAUUGCCAGUUUGGGGCAACAUCUCUUAAAUCUGAACAUACUGCAUGCAGAAUGCAGGGCAAAGCAUCAAACAUGUCAGUGCUUUUGUCAUUGCCUUGUAAUAAUAUUUAACUGCUUUUCUUUACCUCUGAAUGCAGUGGAAAGGUUUGGGGUGAGAGAGGGAAGAUCCCAAUAUGUAUAAUGAAUCUUAGUUGGUGAUUGUAAGCUUUAUAAGAAAGCCUCUGUUUCUUCUGCUUUUGCUGCUUUCCCCAGCUCCUUCCAUGUUCAAUGAAAAUGAUCUGCUUGGUUCUCAUCCUGCAGUCCAUGAGGAUACUAGGAACUGGAUCUAGAAGGAAUCUUAAAAGGAUUCUAGGAACUGUAUUAAUUUGGAACUUCUGCUUCUUGGCUUGAUAACACUGUCUCCUUCAAGGCAGGCCUAAUACUAGGUGUGAUUGACGACAUAGAACAAGAAAAACAUAGUGCUUUUUCUCGAAGGGAGUGGGUAUGGGGAAGGUAAGGGAAAUUAUGUUUCUCAUUAAAAGUUGAAUAGAGGUAACUGCUACUAUACUGAACAAAGUAGUUUUCUCUUAUGCAAAUUUGCUAUAUUUAAUUAUAUUUCAAGUGCCUUAACACCAUUAGUCUAUUUUUUGAUAUUGACUCCAUAAAUAUUUUUUAAAAUGCAUUUUUAUACAGCUCACAGCAUUCAGUUGUAGCAUGGAUAUUGAAAGGACUACAAUGGAUUUUGAACAACUUUCAAUAAAUAUUUUACCUACCCC